GCGGUACAAGUUUGGUUGUCUCAGUCAUCCGUCUGUCACAGACUCUGCUGCACUGACUUUCUUUUCGCGGUCAGUAUUUCAAACAACUGCCGAAGAAAUGGUGCUGAAAGCUGUCUGCGUUUUGAAAGGAGCUGGUGAAACCGCCGGGACGGUGUAUUUUGAGCAGGAGCUCGAAUCCAGUCCGGUGAAAGUGACAGGAGAAAUCAAAGGCUUGACGCCAGGCGAGCACGGCUUCCAUGUCCACGCCUUCGGAGACAACACAAACGGGUGUGUAAGUGCAGGACCUCACUUCAACCCGCACAACAAGACUCACGCCGGGCCGACUGAUGCGGACAGGCAUGUCGGCGACCUUGGCAACGUGACCGCGGGCCCCGACAACAUAGCCAAAAUUGACAUCACGGACAGCGUGAUCUCUCUUGCGGGGCAGUACUCUAUCAUUGGCAGAACCAUGGUGAUCCACGAGAAGGCUGACGACCUAGGGAAAGGCGGCAACGAGGAGAGCUUAAAGACUGGCAACGCCGGUGGACGACUGGCCUGCGGUGUUAUCGGCAUCACUCAGUGAAAAUGCCACUGCGGCAGAAGACUGUGAAGCUUAAACCACUUGACCAAUGUGUACGCAGCGUGUAUUUUUGAAGAUUUAAUGAGAGAAUUUUUGCUAUUGUAAAGCACUUGUUAUUCUGCUGAUGUGUUGAAUGAAGUUAGAAUAAAGUUUCUUCAUGCAAGCUAUUUGGAUGACUGCAAGAUUUUGUUUGGUAUCGAGCUGCAACUAUUGAUUAUUAUUUUAGUAGUUGAUUAUUCUACUAGUUCGAAUAAUC